AUGGCUGAUAGUGCUAGCGAAAGUGAUUCGUCAUCUAUCGAUGGCGGUCCCAUCAUGAUGCCCCCGUCGCCUAUUACUAGGGAACAAAUGCAAAAACGAAUCGAUUCUUUACAACAGCAAAAUCGUGUACUUAAAGUAGAGUUGGAAACUUACAAGUUGAAAAUGAAAGCUAUGGAUGAAGAAUGCAAACGACUACGAGAAACAUCGGUCUAUAUUCAAGUAAGAGCUGAGCAAGAAGAAGAAUUUAUAAGUAACACUCUUUUAAAAAAAAUUCAAGCUUUAAAAAAAGAAAAAGAAACUUUAGCCCAUCAUUAUGAACAAGAAGAAGAAUGUUUGACCAAUGAUUUAUCACGAAAACUAACUCAGUUACGCCAAGAAAAAUGUAAGUUAGAACAAACUUUAGAACAGGAACAAGAAUGUUUAGUUAAUCGUCUCAUGCGUAAAAUUGAAAAACUAGAAGCUGAAACUCUUACAAAACAAACUACAUUAGAACAGUUACGACGUGAGAAAGUUGAUUUAGAAAAUACAUUAGAACAAGAACAAGAAGCUUUAGUAAAUAAAUUAUGGAAACGUAUGGAUAAAUUAGAAGCUGAAAAGAGGCAACUACAAAUCAAACUAGAUCAGCCUGUUUCUGAUCCAGUAUUACCUAGAGAUCAAGUAGGGCCAAAUAAGGGUGAAAUGGCUACAAAUAUAAGUGCCCACUUACAACAUUUACGUGGAGAAGUUACCAGAUUAAGACAUCAACUUGAUGUCUCUAAAAAAGAAAAUUCCAAGAAAAUGGAAAAAAUGGCCAAAGAAGAGCGCCAAGUGCGUGAAGAUAAUUUGCGAUUACAAAGGAAGUUACAGCUUGAAGUAGAAAGACGAACAGCAUUGUGUCGUCACUUAUCAGAAUCUGAGAGUAGUUUAGAAAUGGAAGAAGAGCGUCAGUAUAAUGAAAUGGCUUCUAAUCGAUGCCGAACAUCAUCAAGUCCACUUCCAUUUCCACCUUCUCCAUGUCAAUCUAGGCCCCUUAGUCCUGGUUCUACUGUUGGAACUCCAGGAGUGUUUCGUGGCGAAAUAGGUGUAUUAGGCUAUGCUAGCAUGAAUCGAUGUUAUGUUUGCGGCCAGACAGUACCACCAAAUCUCGUCAUAGGAGCACCAUCAACACCUUUAUGUCCUACUACUCAAGUGAUAAAUCAAUCUCGAACCCUAUCGUUAGGUCGUCCAGUCAGUGAACGUUUUAUUAAGCCCAUUGUGCCACUGUCAUCUAAUCUAAAUAAUAGUGGUGGUAUUCCUGGAUCACAAAUUCCUUCUCCCAAUCCAACUCCAUCAUCUACUUCACCAGCAACAGUGAUGGAUUCAGCCAAGUACUAGUUUAGUCUUAACUUAUUAUCAUCAAUAAAAAAACACACACAUUUAUGUUUGUAUGUUUGUGUAUUUUUUUCAGUUCAUAAUUAUUAAGUUUGUUAUUUUGCGCAAUAUAUUAUUUUAAAUAAGAAUGAUUAUUGUUUCGUAAGACAUAAUGUAUUCCUCAUAAAAUUUUUCUAAAAAUAAAAUUGUGUCUAUUAAACCUAUAAAGUUAAAACUAAUAAUUAAGUAGGUAUGGAUUGAACCCUUGUAAUAAGGUUCUGCAUCAUGGUGCCUAUUUUGCAUGCAAUGCCAUUGUAAUUUAUUUAAUUUAAUUUAUUAUUUGUAAAUGUUAUAAUUUUUGAUUGGGUAUUAUUUUAUAUGAAGUCAACCUAGAUCGAUGUGAUUUGCUGCUAAUUAUAUCUAAGCUAAUAUUUUGUUUAAAGCAAUACAGUUGAGUGUUAAUUUU